AUGGUCCCCACUCUCCUUCUCUGGCUUAGUCUUUCUUUAAGCUGCCCUACACUUGUUCAAUCCUUGGGAACGUCAUGUUCCGCUCCUUUAACGACUGGGACAGCUGCGGCUUCCGAUCCUUACUGGCUUGAGAGCAUCACACAUCAAGGGACUGCAGCCUAUAAUGCUGAUCCCACUUCAUACCAGGUAUUCAGAAAUGUCAUGGACUUUGGUGCAAAAGGCGAUGGUGUCACUGACGAUACUGCUGCUAUCAACUCCGCCAUCUCAAGUGGAGAUCGAUGUGGACUUGGAUCGUGCAACUCUAGCACCGUCACCCCAGCGGUCGUUUUCUUUCCUUCCGGCACCUAUCUUAUCUCCACGCCGCUCAACUUGUACUAUUAUACUCAACUGAUCGGAGAUGCAAAAAACCCUCCUACCUUGCUUGCUUCCGCGGCUUUCGCUGGAAUGGCCGUCAUCAAUGCGGACAUAUACCUCGCUGGAGGGUCGGAAUGGUAUGCCCCAACGAAUAACUUGAACUUCGUCAUCGACUUGACUCAAGUUCCCGCCGCCAACUCCGAAGGAACAGGAAUUCAUUGGCAGGUUUCUCAAGGCACUUCGUUGAUGAACAUCGUGUUCGAAAUGUCUACAGAAUCGGAUACCGCCCACCAAGGUUAUACGUUCCAGGGAGUGACGAUUAACAACUGUCAGGUUGGUUUCGAUCUGGCCACUGGUGGCAUCACAGAAGCUACUCAGUCUGUCGGUGGAGAAGCUAUCAUUGACGCGGUUGUGAUCGAUACACCAAUAUUCGUACGCACUUCAGCCGCCAGUACCUCUCUUGCAGGAUCUAUUGUCAUCAACAACGCACAAUUGACCAACGUGGGCAUUGCAGUGGGUGUUCUCGAUGGAGAAACGGUGUUAGAAGGAAGCACAGGCUCCUUGACUAUAGACUCAUGGGGACAAGGCAAUGUAUAUUUUGGGACAUCAACGACAGGAACAUUUACUCAGGGUGAAAUUGUUUCUGCGACCAAACCAUCAUCUCUACUAGACAGUGCCGGGCGUAUCGUAGGGAAGAUGCAUCCUCAGUAUGCGGACUAUGCUGUUGAUCAGUUUGUCAGCGUCAAGAGUAAAGGGGCCAAGGGAGAUGGAGCAACCGAUGAUACUGCUACCCUUCAAGCCAUUUUUGAUGCCUACAGUGGAUGUGCUAUCAUUUUCUUUGAUGCAGGCACGUACAUUGUUACAUCGACACUCCAAAUUCCUGCUGGAACUCAGAUGGUCGGAGAGGCAUGGUCAGUCAUUGCCGGGUCCGGGUCCGCUUUUGAGGAUCAAAGCAAUCCUCAGGUGGUAGUGCAGGUGGGAGCUGAAAAUUCACAAGGAAUUAUGGAAAUAUCAGACAUAAUAUUCACCACUGUGGGCCCAACGCCUGGUGCCAUUGUCGUUGAGUGGAAUGUCCAAGAGCCCUCAGGUAACAGCGCUGGGGCUGGUAUGUGGGAUUCGCACAUCAGACUUGGUGGUGCCAUUGGUACUAACCUUGAGACAAAUUGUCCCGCAGACGGGAGCGGAGGAACGACAGACUGCUUCGCGGCUUAUAUGGCCCUGCAUCUGACUGCAUCUUCUUCUGCCUAUCUUGAAGCUGAACACCAUUCAUUAUACCAAUUACAACUGGACAACGCGCAAAAUCAUUAUCUGGGAUUAUUCCAAACAGAAAUUCCAUACUACCAACCCAGCCCAGAAUCCCCGUCCCCGUUCACCUCCAGUACCACCUAUAACGACCCAACUACUUUUGAUUCUGGCUUUGCAUGGGCUGUCAACGUGGUUAGCUCGACCGACAUCAUUUUCUUUGGUGCUGGCCUCUAUAGUUUCUACAAUGAUUACACGCAAGAUUGUCUUGACACCAUGUCCUGCCAACCUCAACUUGUCAACAUAGAUUCUACAUCGUCAGUAACUAUCUACAGUCUUUCGACGAUCGGCGCAACAUACCAGCUCAGUGUUGAGAACACCGGCAUUGUCAAUCAAAGCGACAAUAUUGAUGGGUAUCAGUCGACGGUCACGGUCUGGAGCUCCUCGUAG